AAUUUGAAUCCUGACGCCAUCGCCUGAAUCUACAAAAGUCAUCUCACUCGACCGUGCACAAAUCAUGAAGGUUCUAUCCAAGCAGGAGGAAGACGCACAUUUCCAUGAAGUUGUCAAGGGAGGUCUGGUGUACGGCGGCAUCGGAGCGGCCAUCAGCACGAGCGCAUUGAUGCUGGGCCGCAAAUACUCGCCCGGUCUUCGCAGCCUGACCAUCCCCUUCUCGGCCUUCCUUGUGACGGGCGGCUCGACGUUCGCUCUCAUCAUCGGCUGCGAUCAAUACUCACGCGCAUAUCAACAAAAACUGAGAAGUCGAUAUGCGGAAGACGUUGUGGCGCAUGCAUCCGGGUCACUUUCACCAACCGACAAGAUUCUCUCGACAAUCAAUAAGUAUCGCUGGCACAUCAUUGGUGGAUCGUGGGUCGCUGGUAUGGCAGGUAGCUUGUCACUUGUCUCGCGCAAUAAGUAUCUGUCUGGUCCUCAAAAACUUGUGCAGGCACGUAUGUAUGCGCAAGGUAUUACACUGGCCGUGCUUCUACUGUCUGCAGGUGUCGCUGCAGCUGAUCCUGGUCAGAAAGAUCUUGGCGAGGACAGCGAGGUGACUGACCCGAAUGAUCCGACAAGAAUCAUCAAAGUCCACCACACGCACAAGGAAUCGUUCCCAGGAGAGAACCAGUGGGAGGAUAUUGUUGCCGUCGAGGACGCAAGGUUGAAGAAGAAACAGGCAGAGGCAAAAGCCAGGGAGAAUGCCAAGAAGGAAGCUUAGGGUUGAAGAGCCAGCAUACAUCACGACCAAAAUGUAUGCCUUAUAAGCCGAGUAUCGACCACAAUAAUCCACAAUAGAGUACUCAUGUUAGCAAGGUCUUAUCGAGCUGUAGCGCUUACGAAGCGCGAGAACGGUCGUUACGACGACGAUCGACCCACAAGUUGUGAAUGCCUGCCCAUCGGUCUCGAUGAAACGUCUCGUGCCGAUUGAAUUUCGCAACCGACCAAGCACAAGCAGUAGAAUGCCAAAAG